AUGUCUCUCACUGAGCCCGCCGCGACGGCUCUAGCAACAGUCGUAACUGCUGCUGCUGCUGCCCAGACCGGCGGUAACGAGCGGAAAUGGACCGAUCAGACCAAAAAUCAGCGCGAUACAUACACCCAGCUUGUGAUUAGUCUUACCCUUGGGCUGAGUGCUUUCAUAUCCUUCUGUAUUCUACGGCCGAAAUGGAGAGAACUGUAUGCCGCGCGAAGGCGACAGCGUUGCGCUGCGUCACAGUUACCGGAACUCCCUGACAGUUUCUUUGGAUGGAUACCGGUUCUCUUUGGGAUAACGGAGGAGCAGGUGCUUGGUUCGGCGGGGUUAGAUGCAUUCGUUUUCCUUUCCUUCUUCAAGUACGCUAUUCGGUUUCUUACAGCGGUUUUCAUCUUCGCCGUCGCCAUCAUCGGUCCGAUUCAUUUCAAGUACACUGGCAAAUAUGGAGUACCGGGCUGGGACCAUGACGACCCGGACGAUGUUGUUGGUCUGAAAGAGAAGAAGAAGUUGAUCUCGGACCCGAACUAUCUAUGGAUGUAUGUCAUUUUUGCCUACAUCUUUAGCGGCCUGGCAAUCUAUAUGCUCGUCCAGGAGACGGACAAGAUUAUCAGCAUUAGGCAAAAGUACCUUGGGAGUCAGACCAGUACGACAGACCGCACUAUUCGUCUCUCCGGAAUCCCUUCUGAGUUGGCUUCAGAGGAAAAGAUCAAAGAGUUUAUGGAAGGGCUCCGUGUCGGAAAAGUUGAGAACGUGACUUUGUGCCGUGAUUGGCGCGAACUCGAUCAUCUCAUUGACGAACGCUUGAAAAUGCUACGGAACCUGGAAUGGGCGUGGACGAAGCAUGUCGGGUACAAGAGGCCUAAGCCUUCCGGGAGCUCUAUUUCGCUGACGCGCCAGCAAGCGCGAGGUUCGAGCCUGUUGUUCGAUGGAGAUAGCGAACAGACUCAGCUGCUUUCCGAGAGUGACCGCGAUCAUGUCUCUAAUUAUUCGCAACAGCGCCCGACGAUACGUCUCUGGUACGGGCCACUCAAAUUGAGAUACCGCAAGGUGGACGCCAUUGAUUAUUAUGAGGAAAAACUUCGGAGAAUAGACGAGAGGAUUCAGGUCGCUCGUGACAAGGAGUAUCCAGCCACGGAGAUGGCUUUUGUGACCAUGGAAUCUAUCGCUGCUUCUCAAAUGGUGGUCCAGGCUAUCCUCGAUCCACAUCCUAUGCAGUUGUUCGCUAGGCUGGCACCGUCCCCCGCGGACGUCGUCUGGAAGAACACGUAUGUCCCUCGCUCGAGACGAAUGAUGCAAUCAUGGUUUAUAACGGGAGUUAUUGGCUUCCUGACUGUCUUCUGGUCGGUGCUCCUGGUUCCCGUUGCCUAUCUUCUGGAGCUCGAGACCUUGCACAAGGUGUUCCCUCAGCUCGCCGAGGCACUUGCUCGAAACCCUAUCCUAAGUUCGCUUGUCCAAACUGGUCUUCCAACUUUGGUCCUCUCGCUGUUGACUGUCGCGGUUCCUUAUUUGUACAACUGGCUUUCAAACCAACAGGGUAUGAUGUCGCGGGGCGAUGUCGAGCUGUCCGUCAUAUCCAAGAACUUUUUCUUCACGUUUUUCAAUCUUUUCCUUGUCUUCACGGUCUUCGGUACCGCGACGACGUUCUACCAAUUCUGGGAGACAUUACGCGAUGCCUUCAAGGAUGCGACAGCCAUUGCAUUUGCGUUAGCGAAGUCCCUUGAGUCGUUCGCGCCAUUUUAUAUCAAUCUUAUCAUGCUGCAGGGCCUGGGACUGUUUCCCUUCCGGCUUCUGGAGUUUGGAAGUGUUGCGAUGUACCCUAUCAACUUCCUCAGUGCCAAAACGCCGCGUGAUUAUGCUGAGCUGUCAACACCCCCAACUUUCAGCUACGGCUAUUCCAUUCCGCAAACAAUCCUCAUUUUGAUCAUUUGUAUGGUCUACAGCGUGUUUCCCAGUUCUUGGCUGAUCUGCCUUUUUGGUCUGGUAUAUUUCACCAUUGGCAAAUUCAUCUACAAGUACCAACUCCUGUACGCCAUGGACCAUCAGCAACACUCCACUGGGCGGGCAUGGCCGAUGAUCUGCAGUCGUGUGUUUGUGGGUCUGAUAGUCUUCCAGCUCGCUGUGAUCGGUGUGCUUGCCUUGCGGAGAGCUAUCACUCGCUCAUUACUGCUUGUGCCUCUGUUGGGGAUCACUCUAUGGUUCAGCUACUUCUUCGCCCAACACUAUGAACCCUUAAUGAAGUUCAUCGCUCUGAAGAGCAUUGACCGUGACCGACCCGGCGGUGGAGACAUCUCUCCUUCACCGUCAUCGACCCUCUCGCCUCCUUCUGGCCUUGACCGUGACGCUCUCCCAAUACAACUCGGCGGUCAUGAACUUGGCUUGAGAUUGAAGAAAUAUGUCAAUCCAAGCCUCAUUGUGCCACUCAACGACGCAUGGCUCCCCGGUCGCUCUGCUGCGCGCGAGUUUCAGGGGGAUUUUGAGGCGUUUCCAGCCCCUAACGACAACGGAGCUGCUGUCUGA